CGCUUAUUGUUGAAUAUGAAUUUGUGGCGCUUUGACGAGCCGCGUUUUACAAAAAAGUCGUAAACUAAGGUACUCGUUUUUUUGUGAAGUGGUGACCUUAAAGGUUAGUGCUUUGUAAUUUCCUGCGGAUUUAUACUACUACAAUUAUCAUCGUGACAAGAAAUGGGAGAAUUUCAAAGAAGUCCGAGUAAAGUAUGGUGGCAAGACGACUACGAUAGUUGGCCAAGAAUGUCCAGUCCUGGCAGUCAAGAUUCCGGUUUUUCAGACGCCGAAAAUUUACCCCCCCAUGCGGACUACCAGAAACAAUCACCAAACGCAAAUCUGCAGAAUUUCCCCAAAGAAAUCCUAAAAAAUAUUUCCGAAGAAGACCUGAAAUCUCAAAACUUGUUUAGCAACAUUAAACAGAAGUUUUCGCCGAAGAAAAAUUUAAAACAUUUAUCCGUUUCAAAUUUGCGGACACCACCGCGUGAUUUUAAAGAACCGACGAGGACGGUUCAGUCCGAACCGGUAAAGAAGCAGAGGUUUUAUAGGAACGGUUCUUUAAAAGUUAGCAGAAGUUUGUUUAAAAAUACAUUAAAAGACGAUACCUCUGUACGUUAUCCUUAUCAGUAUGCAGAAGGAAUAAAUGACGACGUUGAAUUACAACACUCGAAUACUACCAGUAAGGUCACAUUCGAUGAUAGUCACAUAUGGAAAUCAAACGAAAACAGUGUCGAGUCAUUCGAAGGCGUUAAAACAUAUCCGUUUUUAAACGAUAGUUUAUCGUUUUUAAUACAGAGAAAUAAAUCAGCACCUGCGAUUUUACCACCCACAGACGAUGACUGUAAGAAUAUCAGUUUAUCUUCACACGAUUCCCUGCAAAGUAGUGAUAGUGAAUUUGAAUCGGCUUUCCAUAGCCUUUUAAACUGUCCCACAAACACUUCGACGCCUAAAGUUUCUAAUAGAAGUUUUCGAAACAUGAGACAACUGAGAAAUAAACGAAUUUCGAAAAUGGCAGUUUUACAAACGAAUAAAAGUUUGUUUAGGCUAACUCCGGAAGCCCCGCCUGUGCGAAAAUGGCUUCAAGAAACCAAAUAUCUGUAUGAAACGGAAUGUACAGCUACCCUCCAAUGCAAGUCAAUCGCCGCCGAAUUAAAUCAAAAGGUCGCCCUAUUGGCUACAAGUUUGACUUCUCGUUUACGAAAAGUAUUGUCUGAUUCCGAAACGAUACUAUCAGAGUUUAAUAAUAUUAAAACCCAAAAGCAUCACACUGGAGCGUUGGCUCAAAGCGUCGCAAGAUUAGUUGAAGAAUUCGUGGCGAAUUUUAACAGCACAUGCGACCCGUCGGAUGUUUUGGACAUAUGCGAUAAUAUAAGAUGUACGAAUUUAUACGAUAUAUCAAGACUAAUUAUUCAACUUAGUCUAAAGUGGGAAGCACUCCAAGAACAGAUUUUGAAUGACGAAUUAAAAAAAUUAGUAGCCGAAUUAGAAGAUCCCCAUUCCGAGCUUCAUGUGCGCGCAACAGUAAUUGGAUUGACGUCCAUUGCGUUGAGAAAUAAAGAAAUUGUUAACAUUUUAAUUUCUAACAAUUGCGUGCAGGUACUAUGCGUUUUAUGCGAAAAAUGCGAAAGUUCAACUGUGCGCUCAUUAAUUCUCCGCGCUCUAUCGACGAUCUGCGUAAAUAAUACGGCGAUAAGAAAAUUCGAGAAUAAUUCGGGAAUUAAUUUAAUUAGCGAGAUCAUCUCGAACGGAUCCUGUCCUGAUCCUGAAAGAUCGGAAGCGGUGGCUCUUUUGGCACAAAUUACCGCACCGUGGAUUGAAGAUAAUCGAAACGUCUACGGGUUACAACAACAGAUCCAAACUUUAGUUAAAUCGUUAACUAAUUUUGUUGCCAGCACGAAGUGUUGUCAAAAUUUACUAUUGUGCAUAGCCGCAUUAUCAAAUCUAACAGAGAUGGAACCGACGACAGUAAAGUAUAUCUUACACCAGAAUAGUAUUGGAAUUAUUUUACGGUCUGUGAAAGCACGAGGAAGCCUAAUUUCGGUGUAUGUCUUGGAGCAAGUUGCAAAUCUUCUUGCGAAUUUAUCAGGAAAACAAAUUGCAAGGGGUGCUUUGAUUGAAGAGCAAGCGGUGGCAGUAUUGCUACAUUUGCUGCAAUACAAUCACACCGACAAGGAUGUAGAAAUCCGUUUGCAGCAAAAAUCCAUUAUUGCGUUAUCGCGAUUGAGUAGCUGUGUAGAAGCUGCGGACCAAAUCGUAAAAUGUAAAGGAAUUAAAGCUUUAGUGGCACUUUGCCGAGAACGGAAAGAAAGACAUGACAGCGAUGCAGUUUUAGUAGCAGCAUUGGCAACUCUUCGCAAAACUGCUGAAGCGUGCGGAAAUGGUGUUAUAGAUUCUAUUGACGUUCAAGAGUUAGUUGAACCGAGGCUAUUAGACUCAUUUUUAGCCUAUUCGGCUCAAAAUGAGAGCUAUGUUUGAUGUUCCUGCCCCCUAGAAGCUUUAUGUGCCUUAUUUUACCUACCUAUGUAUUGUAAUUAUAUGUAUUUUGUAGAUAUGCUAUAUUAUAUAUUCAGUUGUUUUUGUUACACAUUACCAAAUAUAUAUCUUGUGUGAAUGGUGA